CUCUAGAUUUCACGACGGUUAAAAACGUUAAAAUGUUGAAAAAAUUAAUAUUCGGUUUAUACAUGUUUUGUAUUCUCAAUAAAAAGGAAAUCUUUGCAAAUCCUACGCCUGAAAUCGUUUCACAAGAAGAUUACACGGUAAUAAAUGGAAAGGAAAAAGGACAAAGAAACAAACGCUGUUUAGAUACUAUACUAGAUAUAAUGUCAGAUUUAUUCGGUUAUGAUGAUAUUAAUUAUGAUUCUUUCGAUUCUGAUUCCAAUUCCGAAUCCAAUUCCGAUUAUGAUUCAAACUAUGACGAUUACAGAAGUGGUGAUAUGAAGAAAGGAAAUAAUGAUCAUUGUCGAACUUGCAGUAUUAUUUAUAAUCAAAUAUCUCCACAUCUGCCUUUAACUAAUGAUAAAGAAGGAAAUAAGAAGGAAUCCACUACAGACUCUAUUAAAUCAAGCGAUCAGCAAAAGGUUAAGACAUCGGACCAUCCUGUAGCCACAAAGAGCACAGCUACAGCACCAGCAUUAGCUACAGUAACUAAGAGUUCAGAUACAGUUGCUAAAAGUUCAGAUACAGGAACUAAGGGUUCAGAUACAGUAACUAAAGGUUCUGAGACAGUAACUAAAGGUUCAGAGACAGUAACUGAAAGUUCAGAUCAAAGUGGUGCUGAUGCAACAAAACAAGUAAAAGAGGAUGAAAAAUCAGAUAAUAAUGCUGCUGAGGUGACGACAACUGAAAAAAUUCCAGCUAAAAAAGAAGAUGAAACUUCAAACAAAAUGGCUGAUGCGGAAAAAUCAGAUAAAGAUACUGAAAGUAAAAAAGCUGAAGACGACGAAACAAAUACAUCUGAGGCUACAACAACCACUAAAGCAAUGGAAUAAAAUAUAAUUAACUUUUUUUUAACAAAAAACUUAAAAUUUCAAUAAAUUAUAUUUGUCCAAUUCAAAAUUGAUGUCGUAUCGUUGUAGCGUUGUAUAGCACAAAAACAAAUCAAUAAUAAUAAAAUUACGACAUAUUACGAUACAACCUUACAAUAUCGAUUAUGAAUUGGACAAUAAAAUUGUCAUAUUCUGAAUAUGAAGACAAUUACA